CUGUGUUACAAAUUCUAGUGCUAUUUUUGUUUAUAAGACGUCCUUACUCGUAUGUCAUGCAAGUACAAGUUCUAUUGUGUGUAUCAGACAUUAAUUAAACGAACAAAUAAUUGUAAAUUAUCCGUGUUUUGUAAUAUAGAAGCUUUAUAUUACCAUUUUAGUUAGUUAUAAUUAAUUAAUUUAUUUUGAAUUAAAAUGUCUACUCCAGCCCGUCGACGCCUUAUGAGAGAUUUUAAACGAUUACAAGAAGAUCCUCCAACUGGAGUUAGUGGGGCCCCCACUGACAAUAACAUAAUGAUAUGGAAUGCUGUAAUUUUUGGCCCACAUGAUACCCCUUUUGAGGAUGGCACAUUUAAGUUAACUAUCGAAUUUACAGAAGAAUAUCCAAAUAAACCGCCUACGGUUCGAUUUGUCAGUCAUAUGUUUCACCCUAAUGUAUAUGCUGAUGGGGGUAUAUGUUUAGAUAUUUUACAGAAUCGAUGGAGCCCUACAUAUGAUGUAUCUGCUAUAUUGACUUCAAUUCAAUCGCUUUUAAGUGAUCCUAAUCCAAACUCACCUGCCAAUUCGAUGGCUGCACAACUAUAUAAAGAAAAUAGGAGGGAAUAUGAAAAACGAGUAAAGGCAUGUGUGGAACAAAGUUUUAUCGAUUAGCACUAUCGCAGAAGUAUCUACCUUAGCUACUUUUAACUUGUGCUUCAAAAUUAUGGCUACACAAUUUUUUUCUAAGUUGCAACUUCUCCCAAUCUAAGUUUUAGACCUAGUUCAUCUAAUCUCAUACUGAUUUUAUUGUCUAAAAUUAAAUGAUAAAUUUGAAAUUUACAGUGAGUACAUUAGAUUUUAAUUAAAGUGAAUGUUUGCGCUCAGUGUAUCAUUCGUGAAGUGUUUCUAUGAGAAAGGAUACCGCUUAAAAUUAUCUGUCGAAAGUGAUUUUCUUCUGUUAAGUCGAAGAAGGUUGCUUGACUCUGGUGUGUUUUUCAUUUGAAAUAUUUUGUGGAAAAAGAAAUACUUUUAUUACUUGUGGAAUAUUUCUUACUACCUUUAUGUAUGUUUGUGUAGACAAUCUUUUAUACGAAUAAAAAAAUUAUUUACUGAUUGAAA